AUGCCGGAAUUCAUCAGCCUCACGUUCCCGAACGCAUCUACGGAGAUCAAUCCAAUCCCCAACGCCUCGAUUGAUCCAGAGUACCUCGUCCGCUACGCUCGCAAUCUAGAUGACUAUGGCUACAACUACACACUAGUACCCUACGACUCGUCAUCAUAUGAUCCAUUCACCCUUGGAGCAACCAUUCUGUCCGUGACCAAAAAGCUCAAGGUCAUCAUUGCUCUGCGACCCAACACACUCUACCCCACAGUCGCAGCAAAGGCGUUAGCCACCCUGGACCAACUCAGCUCCGGUCGCGUGGUUGUCCACUUCAUCGCCGGAGGCAGUGACGCAGAGCAAGCCAAGGAAGGCGACUUCCUAAGCAAAGACGAACGCUACGGCCGUCUCGAAGACUACAUUAAGAUCCUUCGCCGCGCAUGGAAGUCCGACGAGCCAUUCGACUGGGACAGCAAAUACUAUCAGUUUAAACAAUUCAGCAACCGCGUCCGCCCGACCAACGGCCCAAUCCCCGUCUCAGUCGGCGGCUCAUCCGACGAAGCAUACCGCGUCGGCGGCUCUCUCGCUGACAUUUUCGGACUUUGGGGUGAACCUUUGAAAGAAACAAAAGAGCAAAUUGAUCGCAUCUAUGCCGAGGCAGCAAAGGCCGGUCGUCCGGAAUCGGAUAGACCUCGCAUCUGGGUGACGUUCCGUCCGAUUGUCGCGGAGACUGAGGAACUUGCUUGGGCCAAGGCACACAGAACACUCGAUGCUCUGACUGCCAAUCGCGCGUUAGGGCAAGGAAAGGCUCCCCCGAACGCGCCAGCCCCACAGAACGUGGGCUCUCAGCGGCUUCUUGAUAUCGCUGCUCGUGGCGAGGUCCAGGAUCGAGCUCUUUGGUAUCCGACUGUUACCGCAACGAAUGCACGUGGUGCUUCUACUGCCUUGGUUGGAUCGCACCAGACUAUUGUGGAGUCCCUUCUUGACUAUGUCGAUCUUGGUGCGGAUCUUAUCUCUAUCCGGGGAUAUGAUAAUCUCAACGAUGCCAUUGAUUACGGACGGUUUGUGCUUCCCAAAGUUCGGGAAACGUUGCAGGAGCGGGAAAACGGUGCUUCAAAUUAA